CAGAUCGGAGAUAUACACAGAGUGCAGGAAACACGACACACAGACGACUGGAGGAACAGGGAGGAGCUGACGCUGAACCAGGGAACAGGACAGGACUCACAGCUGAGCUUAUUCACCGUUAGUUCGGUGUCCGACGUCCCUCCGCUUGUCAGGAGUAGUUUAUCGAUUCAAAGUACAGUUUGCUAGUAGUCAGUUUCUGGAUUUUUCAAGCAGAAAGAUGAAAUCAUUGGGCAAAACUUCCAAAUGGCCGUCUUACGACUCGCUUCCCUCCACCUCAAGCUUCCCCCCCAGCGAGAACGAGCAGACGGAGGACGAGGCAGACAUCUUCUCUGAGGGAGAGGGGGAUGGCGGUUUGAAAAACUCCCUGCACCCAGAGUUUAAUGGCGAUCAGUGUGUACUAUACCCUGAUGAAGCCAAACAUUUAUCUCCUGAAGGGCCUGCACUCAGAUCAUCAUUAGUGACGCCAGGAGACUUGAUCUUUGCUGAGAAAUGUGCUGAUUUGCACAGGUAUACCCACCCAUUGCUUAAGCUUCUAAAGGGACUAAAGACUGGACGGUUUGACAAAGGGUUAACCAGUUUCCAGCAGAGUGUUGCCAUAGACAGAUUACAGCGGAUACUUGGAAUCCUACAGAAACCUGAAAUGGGUGAGAAAUACCUCCAGAAUCUGCUGCAGAUAGAGAUGCUGCUCAAAACAUGGUUCCCUCAGAAGUCAUUCAAGUCUGUGGGCAAAUCCAAGCCGACCAGCACUCCCACACUCGCCUCAUAUCGGAGGAAAAAUCAACUCCACAUUCCGGUCAAGAAGAGAAAACUGAGCUGGUCAGACCCCGAUGUUGCUGACAGAGUCCCGGCUAAGCAAAGCCACCGUCAACACAGAGAACACGAGAGCUGUCACGCUGCCACUUCACUUGACACCGCUUCUACAUGUCUUCCUGUAUUGCCUGAAAAUCAGACCACAGCAGAGGAGAAAACUGCUAAAGCUGCAGUGGACAACUGUCCAGCAAGGCAAAGGUUUACAGACAGGACUUGCUCUUUAGGCAGGUCUUAUUUAUGUACCAGCAGAGAAAAUGAGAACCAGAAGCUUGCUGAGAUUUUUCUGCCCUCUUCGUGUGGCAGCCCAGCUACACAGGACUGCUCAGUGUCUUCAAGCAACAGCUUUAGGACAACUGACACAUCUUAACUGGCUGUGGCUGACCUUGCUAUCACAUGGAGGUACCUCAGCAUGUCGGCUAGAGUUAAGGAAGAGGGCGGACCUGGUUACAUAACCAUAAAGAUUGGCACGAAGCCAGCCUGCCAUGCCUGCAAGGCAUUAUAAACCAGAGUAGGUGGAGAAAGAUACUUAUUAACCCCCAACCUGUUGGGUUUCUCUUUCUGAAGUGGCCGUGAUAUAUAUAUAUUUAUAUAUAUAUAUAUAUAUAAAUAUAUAUAUAUAGGUUUUUUUAUUUUUUAUUAUUAGCUAUUGCUAUGGUUUGCAGGAAGGUAAUGUUUUUGUAUGAAACUAAGUUAAAGGAACUUGGAAAUACUUUAUAUUUCUUGUGUGUUAGAGCUGUUUUUGUGUUUUGUAUUUUCUACAUAAUGUAUGGCAGCCCGAAAAGUAGCAGCACAGCGAUUUUAAAAUAAUACUAAUAAUGACUUUAUAAUUUUUAUGUUUUUUUUAUAUUAUUAGGAGCUAUUGCUUGUAGGAAUGUAAUGUUUUGUGCAAAACUGAGUUGAAAGAGUUAGAAAUAUUUGAUAUUUCAUGUGCACUAAAGCAGUUUUUUACUGUUUUGUACUUUUAACAUAUUGUAAGGCAGGACGAAAGAUAGUAGCACAGGAUUUCAUUAAUAAUAAUAAUAGUAAAAACAAUGUUUACCAUUAUUAUUAUUGUUAACAAUAGUAGUAAUAUUAAGCACAGAUGAUAACAUUUGUGACAUACAGUAAAUGUUUUUUUACACUAUCCUGCAUUAAUUUAAUGAGCCUUAUUGCUGAUUUCUGGCCAUUUGUGAAGUAAAAUAUUCGUUUGUAGCUUCCGUGAUUAUUUUAAAAGAAUUUUUGUUGUAUUAAGAAUACAUUUACAAGAAACAAUGCACUCUUCGAGCAUAUCGCCUCCAAUAGCCAGGUUUGCUGACUAUUUUAUAUGUAGUUUUUUUUAAGUGACUUGGAGGCACUCCAAAAAUAAAGAAAGAUCUUCCUUUACCCAUUUUCUGCUUCCAACCUCCAUUAAAUUUGUCUCUGGUAGAUUUCAGUCAUCUUGCUGAAAUACAUUAUCUCACAUUUCCCCCUCCACUUAAUAUUUUUAGAGACAAUGAUGUCACAAUUUUUUUAUUUUUUUAUCACAUCUUUGUUUCUAUCUCAACCUUUUGAAAAGGUUUGUCUGCAAAAACAACAAACUAGUGGAGCAAAAAAUGAAAACUACAUUGCUUAAUUCGCCUGUUGCGCUCUUUGCUUUUGCUGGAAAGAUGUGGCACUGGAGAUUUAUAGCACACUGUAAGAGUUAACUUAAUAUAUUUAAGCCUGUCCGCAUCUGAAUUCAUGCAUCUGCACUUUGGAGGAAAAUGAGGAAAUUUUACACAUCUGUGAACAUCCAAGAAGUUGUGAUAUUAUUUAUAAUAGCAUUACUUAUAUUAAAUUUCAUCAACUGUUUUGUGUUAAUCCUUAGAUACAAGCUUGAGAAGUACUUGAAUCAUAGACCUGUGGCACUGUGCUGGGAAACAUUUAAGAAAUAAAUGUAUAAUAUAUCCUAAACCCAAGCAUGAGUAGGUAGAAACCAACUGCUGUGCCUCAUUUAAACAGCUUUAUCCCACUUAAUAUUUUUUCAUGAAAUUGGUAACACUGUAAGUGCAAUAAGAAAUAUGUCGUGAAGAUAAAAGAAACUGACCCGAUUUCCUUUCCUGAACUCAUUGUUUAUUACCUUUUGAUAACGUUUGGGUUUUUUACCACUAUAGUGAGGUUUCAUUCAUGUUGGAUGACGUCUCAUCUCUGAUGGUUUGUCAUCAGUCAGCCUUGCAUAUAAACACAAACGUAACAAUGUAUUUGCAUGCCUUUUAAAUUAUACAACAAAGAAAAAUCAAGUGCAUAAGUUCAUAAAUAAAUUUGAAAAAUCAUGUCACAGCAAACCAAAUGUGCUUUUUGUGCAGGUGUUUCUCAGGCUUUCUUAUUUUGGAUAACCAUUAGUUCAUGUAGAAAUGAUCAGCACAGGGCAAAGAACAAUUCAUGUACAAUAAAGCCUAGUGUUUUUGUUGUUAAAAUGUAUUAUAUGACUGCAUAUUUGUCUAUUUGUGAAAUAACAUUUUGCAGUUGUAUGUUUACAAAAAAGUCCAGUUGUUUUUUUUGUACGAGGCCAUAUCUUUGUUUCUUAUAAAUCAUAUUGUCCUUACUUGUAACUGCUUGAUAAAAGCAUAUUUUUAUAUAUUAAAAGACUGAAAUGAUUUAUCAAA